ACUUCGACAGCACUAGUCUGACACAAGCAGAGUAACCUAACCCCUGUUGAAGCGCGAUGUGGGAUGACAAGAAGAGUGCUAAUCAUGUUCCGAAGCUGAGGGGGCGCUACAUAGCCUAGUCACCGCAAUACUGGCAGUUUGAUGUCGGCAUAAGAUUUCUCUAAACCUUUUUAGUUAACCCCUGUUAUAGGAAAAAAAUCUAAUGAUUUAUGGCUGGGUUUGAUUGGUAUGCAGAUUCACCAAAGCCAUGCAGCAAGCUGUGCAAUUUGUCCAACCUUCAAUUACGCUUCCUUUGCCCUUCAGAUAUUCAAGAGGUGCAAGCACUUUGCUCGGAUUGGUUUCCCAUUAUCUAUCCUUAUUACUGGUAUGAAGAGAUUACCUCAAAUCCAAGAUUUUACUCACUUGCUGCUGUCUAUGAUGGAGUCAUUAUUGGGCUUAUAGUCGCAGAGAUUAAGGCUUUCUCUGAGCUCAACAAAGAAGAUGAAGAUAUUUUGGCACCAACAUUUGGGAAAGAUACUUUAGUUGCCUACCUCUUGAGCCUUGGUGUUAGUCAAAGUCACAGACGCAAUGGAAUAGCAUCUGUUCUUCUUGAUAAUUUAAUCUCACAUUUAACAUCUGUAGAUAAUCCCCAUUGUAAGGCUCUCUUUCUUCAUGUCCUUACCACAAAUUCACCUGCCAUUCAUUUUUACCAACGACAUCAGUUCAAGCUGCAUGCGUUUCUUCCGUAUUAUUAUUACAUCAAUGGUAAAAGUAAAGAUGGAUUCACAUAUGUCCUCUAUGUGAAUGGAGGUCAUCCUCCGUGGGGUCUCACUGAUUAUAUGAAGCAUUACUGCAAGGUACUUGCUCACACUGAUCCAUGUGCUGUACCAGUGUGGUUAUGGAACAAAAUGCAGUUAAUGAUGCGGUGGGCAUGGCCCACAACAUGGGUGGCUAUGUGGUCAUCCAGCAGUUAGCAUCGGCAUGACACCUCCACUGAUGUACCUGAACUGGAUGUACCUCCUCCAUCACCAGAUCUGCUAAUGGAGAAAGAUGUCAGGAGUAUCUUGUGGAGGUUGUCACUUGAGAAAAACACAUUAGAGCCAUUUAAUCAAUCUAAAGAGCACAAUUACUUGCAUUUUUAUGUUCGACAAAAUCUAUUAAAAUUACAACAUGAUGAUGACAUUCGUCAUUGAAGGAUCAUUAUGCUGUAAUUUGCAGUCGUGCCAUUGAUUGUAUGUUGAGAAUUCUUGUUCCUGUAUUUUACUUUCAGUUUUCAAUUUUCUCAACUUAGUCUGGUAUAGCACUUCUUACCUGUUGUCAAAGAGCUAAACUUGAUCUCUUCAUACAGGGUUCAUCAUCAAGAAGAGCAUUGUUGACCCAGAAUUUAUUAUUUUUAUUGUGAUUAGAAUUAGUGUGAGAUGUAUGUAACCUUCCUAUUACUAGCACAAUGUAAGCUCAAGAUUUAAGAUCAGAACUAUAUUUUCAAAUGGUUUGCUUAACUUGAAGGGUCUUGCAACUGUGCUCACCUUCAAAAUGUUACCUUACUAGAGCUUACUCAAGCUUGUGUCUUAAAAUUAUGUGCAUUUACUUAUAGUCCAUCCCUUCUUUUAAUUUAGAAUGCAGGUCAUUUUAUUUUCUCUACCACAAGGUAGUCAUUCCACUUUAAAAAUUUAAUGAACUAUGUUCAUUGCGUCCAUAUUGUGUACUAUUUAAGUAAUAUUAGUCAGAAUAAUGGUAGCUAAUGACCUAUAUUUUAACUUCUGCUCAUAGCAACCAGGUAACAUUUGUUGAUUGUGUUGAAUACAUCACAUUUUUCCAUAUUUCAUUGUGUGCCACAAAGUAAGUUAUCUUGUCAUAACUUAAGAACUCUGAAAGUAAGGUAGACAUGUGGGCUAACUGUGAUAACACAUUUAUACCUGUUGAGGGCUGAGAUAGAUACGUAAGAUCAACCCAUAGCGUAAUAUCUGCAAAGCUUGUAACAUACUGGCAAAGAGCACAACGUAUUAUUGUUGUUGUUUGUUUUUGUUUUUUUCAAAUUUUGAUUAUGGACGUCAGGAACACUUGCUAUAAAAAUUCUAUGGACCUGUUUUUAAUAUUGAUAAAAAAACCUAUAGAUAUAUAUGUAUUUAUGGAAACUAGUCGUAUUUUGAAGUUCCAUGUUAAAGCGCACACAAUUUUGUAGAGUGUUGGGGGCAAAUUUAUUAUGAAUGAAAUUAUAUUAUAAUCACUUGUUGACAAUUGUUCACUUUUGAGGCUAUGUUUUUUGACAGUUUUGUAAGUAAUUCUUUUAUAUGUAUUAUGAAUGUGAUUUUUUGCUCAUGGGAACAGUUGUGCUAGUAUCUUGUUAUAAGAAUGAAGAAAAAAAUCCUAGUGUCUUGUUCUCAAUACCUAUAGAACUAUGAGCUCCAUACUGUGGAUUAGGAUUGCAAACAAAUACAAUCCCAACUCACUCAUAUUUUUUUGAAUGUUUCUGCUGUUCACUGCCUAUAUAUCACCCUCAUUAAAUUAACCUUCUUUAAUGGGUGAUGUCUAAUACAGUUCCCAUUAGGCUAUCCCUAUAUAUACAUCUGUUUAUCUGGACCUUCUUGUAGACUAGACUCUUAUUUUAUUUUUUGUUUCAAUGAGAUGUACAAGUGUUAUACGUUAAGUUCUGUAAGGGUCCAAGUCAAGUGAUAUCAUUUAGUCAGAUGAACAUCGCCUGUAUUUUAACUUGUAGAAACAAAAAAUACAUGCAUUUUCAAAUGGU